AGUACAAUUGCUCAGCUGGUCCACCUCACUUCAAAUACUCACCUGUUUCGCUCAGACGCAUCAGAGAGCCCACUAUUACCUCCAAAGAUGAGCGUUUGCUGCAGGUUGGCCUUCGCGGCUCUCCUAGUGGUCUCUGUCGCGGCCACCCAGAGCGAUAUGCACCUCUUUCACGUCCAGUGUGAGUGCCUCUUCCGUGGCCUUGAAGUGGACGACAUACGCUUGCGUUACGCCUAUGAUGGUGUUACUAUCAUGUACUACAACACGGAGAUUAAGAGGUAUGUUGCAGCCCAGCCCAUGGCACAGGCUGAGGUAGACAGGCGGAACUCGGAGCACGACUAUGUUACAUCGGUGCCUCACCGAAUUGAGAGCAUCUGCGAUGAGAUCAAGCAGGCGGUCAGAUCAAGCAACAUCACCCUGGAAAACAUGGCUCCUACCCAUACCAGAGCCUUCAUGCAGAAGAAACGGGGUCAAAUGUACCUGGUGUGCACGGCCAGGAACUUCUUCCCCCGGGACAUUAAAGUGCACUGGGUCAGAAACGGGGAAGUCGCUGACAAUGGAUCAGACACGACCAACGUUGUCCCUCAAAGCAAUGGAGCCUUUCAAGUUAGGAGCGUCCGCCCCCUGGAUGGAGACAGCUGGGGGUACGUCUGUCAGGUGGAACACGAGGCAGUUGAUGGGAAGUUGCAGAUACCUCUUGAACACAACGCACUGGUUGAGAAUGAAGAUUUGAUCAUUGUUGGAGUUGUUCUGGGGGUACUCGGGCUGUGCGCAAUGGUGGUGACUGGAAGCUUGUACUACUGCUCCUCAGAGGGGGCAAAAGUGCUGAACUCUCAGCAGACAGCAAAGUUCAAUAACCAGCGGGGGCUGUGCCGGUUGAACACGUGCAACACGAGCGUUCGGUCCAGUGACUCUGGCGUCUCCAAUUCCAGCGCCAGCUCAGGUGAUGGACUGACGAAACCUUCCUCUUAAGAAUGCGAAGCUGGACUCCAACAUCUUGGGAACAUUCGAUGAGUUUUAUUUCCAUGAAAAGACCAAUUUCCUGUUUUGAACUGGUCUAAGGGGGAGUUUUCCCCUCGUUGUAUCUCUGUGACAUCUCCCCCUCACCACUCCCCCCUUUGCGAUUGAGAUCAGUCACUAACAUUGUGCUGUGGAAUUAUAUCAUUUCUGAGAAAGCUGCUGGUCCAUUUUGAGCCAAGCCUUAUUAUAAACAGACCUUUUGGGUUUGCCCAGAAAUAUCGACCAGGAUUUUAGAUAUUUAACCCAGUUAUAUAAAAGUAAGAAAGAAUGGGAGCUCAUUAACCCUAAAAGUUCUGGUUCCCAUUCACUCUCCCCAUUUGUAACAUGGUAACAGGUUCAAGGUUCCAGUGAGCGAACCAGACAACACAGAUUGUGCGUGAAUAUGUUAACUAUUUAUAAAUACAUUGAAAGUGAAACACUAAACCAGGCAUCUAACGAAACAAGUGCUUGUCUAAACUACCUUAAACCACAAAGGGCCACAAUAUGAAACAUUUAGAA